UUCUGUACGGCAGACCACUUUACUGUAAGCGGAAAGUGUCGUUUCGCGAUCGUACUACCAACAAUUUCAGCGUUUAAAUGUUGAAAUGGGUGCCUGUCUUGCUUUGUGCUCUAUAGCCAGCUGUGCCUCCUGUCUGUGUGGCUCAGCACCAUGUCUUCUGUGCGGCUGCUGUCCCUCCUCCAACAACUCCACCAUCACACGGCUGGUGUUCUCAUUGUUUUUGUUGAUGGGGACUGUUGUGUCAGUCAUCAUGAUUCUCCCUGGAAUGGAAACACAGCUCCGCAAAAUCCCCGGAUUUUGUGAAGGAGGUGCUUCCAUACCUGGUAUUGACAACGUGGCUAACUGUGAUGUUCUUGUGGGCUACAAGUCUGUGUACCGAAUGUGCUUCGCCAUGACCUGCUUCUUCUUUCUGUUUUUUGCCAUAAUGUUUGGUGUCCGUAACAGCAAAGAUCCACGUGCAGCUAUUCAAAAUGGAUUUUGGUUCUUUAAGUUUUUGAUCCUGGUUGGGAUAACGGUGGGAGCUUUUUUCAUUCCUGAUGGAACAUUUCAUACUGUGUGGUUUUACUUUGGAGUAGUUGGAUCCUUCAUCUUCAUCGUUAUCCAGCUAAUUCUCCUCAUCGACUUUGCCCACUCCUGGAACAAGGUGUGGGUUGGAAAUGCUGAAAAUGGUGACAACAAAUGCUGGUUUGCAGGUCUCUUGUCAUUCACCUUCCUCCACUACGCGCUGGCUUUCACGGCCGUGGUGCUUUUCUAUGUUUACUACACACAGCCUGAUGACUGCACAGAGCACAAGGUGUUCAUCAGCCUCAACCUUAUCUUCUGCAUCAUCAUCUCCAUUGUUUCCAUCUUACCCAAGAUACAGGAAGCCCAGCCACAUUCUGGUUUGCUCCAGGCUUCACUCAUCUCACUCUACACCAUGUAUGUCACAUGGUCUGCAAUGACUAACAACCCAAAUCGGAAGUGCAACCCCAGUUUGUUGAGUCUAGUAUCAAACGUCAGCACCACAGAAACACCUACAGACGGCACUCCAGAACAGGUGCAGUGGUGGGAUGCUCAAGGCAUUGUUGGAUUGGUCAUAUUUCUGUUCUGCACUCUCUAUGCCAGUAUCCGUUCGUCCAGCAACACCCAGGUUAACAAGCUUAUGCAGACAGAGGAGGGGGGAGGAUCAGGUGGAGAAGGUGUGGUGGGAGAGGACGGCAUACUCAGAGCUGUGGACAAUGAGGAGGAGGGAGUCACGUACAGCUACUCCUUUUUCCACUUCCACCUCUGUCUGGCCUCUCUGUACAUCAUGAUGACUCUCACCAAUUGGUAUCAACCAGACACCAGCACCCAGGCCAUGCAGAGCAGCAUGCCAGCUGUGUGGGUGAAGAUGAGCUCCAGCUGGCUUGGCCUUGGGCUUUACCUCUGGACCCUCAUUGCCCCGCUCAUGUUCCCCGACAGGGACUUCAGCUGAGCACACCUUGUGUGACUACAUUUGGUUCUUUUUUGUUUGGUUAUAUUCUUUGAUUUUUUUGCCUUUCGGUUUAGGCAGCAUGAAGGAUGUCAUAGAGGAAAUAGGAAGGAUACUAUAAAGGGAGAAGUUUCUAUUGAUUUCAUUUUUAAGUAAUUGCUCUACUAUUUUGCUAUUGUGUUCCUCUUGGUUCUUUAGUGCUUUCUUGUUGGUUUUAGCCCGUUAUUUAUUUUCUACGCCAGCCACCUUGAUAGACUAUCCACUAACUUCUGCUUGAUGCGGUACAGCAGGUUGUGUGAGCGCUGUUUUUAUUUAUGCUUGAUAUUAGUUGCUGGGUUAAUACAACAAAACUAUGUAAUAAUGCACUUUCUCAAUACCUCAGACAUUUCUGUUGCAGAUUCCCUUUUGGAAGGGCUGUGAGAUUAUACCUCUCUGAUUGGCCAAGUCUGAGCACAACACUUUUCAGUGCUGGGGACACCAGGGUUUCCCUCUUUAGGAGCCCCAGUGUGAGGUGAGUGUGAGGGUUAGAUAAGACUUAACUGCCACACCCCACGGAUCAUAACAGGGCUUCCCCUUUGCUGCUCGUCUGUUUGCAAAAGCCAUGUCAUUGCACAUUGUGCCAGAGAAAAAAAACAGUCUAAUCUCAGCUCUUCCUUGACAACUUUAACCUAAGGUAAUUUAUCUCCGGUGCUAUGCCUUUCUGUGUCUGACUGUUCGGCCUUGUACAGCUACAGCAUCAGCCUGUACCUGCAUAGCAGCCCGUUUGCAGUAAAGAGACGUGUAUUGAUCCAUAGCAGUCAGCAUCAUGCAGUGUGCAGUGAAACAGUUGAGGUGAUCGCAUGAACUCCCAUUAUUUCCACAAUGCUGCAGAGCACGCCACUAAGUUACAAGAAAAGGGUCUUUUAAACGUUUAAACAUUUCAGAGAUGAAGAAUCGCUUUUAGAUAGUAUUGACCUUCGUAGUAUGUUAAUGGUCGUAAUGAUGGUACAGUCAUAGUUGUUACCUCAAUUUCAUUAUGAAUGGGAGUUAAAAUAAGAUCAUUCUAUUUUUCAUUUGUGAAAAAAAAAGAUUUUGGUACAAUCCUGAAAUGUUAUCCUUUGUUAUUUUCUUUUUCAACAUUUCAAAAGCCACAUACAGCAAUCAGAGUUCUCUUACUGCAUGUGAAUAUUGUAAGUGAAGUUUUUCAAAGUGCUGUGAUACAGUAAAUAGGUAUUUUUAAGUCACUCAUUUUGUUUAGGAAAAUCAUCUGUAUUUUACAUUUUACAAUUAUCAGCCUACUUAGGUGAUUUUGGCAGUAUUGUCCACAACAGAUAAUAACAUAAAUUCACAAAACACUAUAAAGUGCCUUUUUUUAGUCCCACAUUUCAAAAACAAAUGCCAUGACUGAUGCUGAUGUGCUUCUUAUGCCUUUCAUUAUACACUGAGGUGAGUCAGUCAUUGCCUGCUGUAAGGCAUAGGCCUAUGGAAUGAGUUAUUAUUGUAAUCAAGGUAUAAACAAUGUUUUUAAUAAAGAAAAACUUUCACUCAA